CCAGUCUGGCAUUGCCAGGGCUACGCUGAGCCUAGACCAGCCCCAGCUGCCAGGUGGUGUGUGGACCACGGGCAGAGACCAGGUGCCAGCUGCUCUCUCUCCCUCCGACCACUCAGGAGCCACAGCUUCCCCUUUGGGAUCUUCUGGCGUAGGGAUUGGGGGCCAGGCAGCAGGGAGCGGCCUGGCAUGUCACCAGGGAGCCGGAUGCCCAUGGCUGGCUUGCAGGUGGGACCCCCUGCCGGCUCCCCAUUUGGCACAGCUGCUCCACUUCGACCUGGCAUGCCACCCACCAUGAUGGACCCAUUCCGAAAACGCCUGCUUGUGCCCCAGGCCCAGCCCCCGAUGCCUGCCCAGCGCCGGGGGUUAAAGAGGAGGAAGAUGGCAGAUAAAGUUCUACCUCAGCGAAUUCGGGAGCUUGUCCCAGAGUCUCAGGCGUACAUGGAUCUCUUGGCUUUUGAGCGGAAGCUGGACCAGACCAUUGCUCGAAAGCGGAUGGAGAUCCAGGAGGCCAUCAAAAAGCCUCUGACGCAAAAACGAAAGCUGCGGAUCUAUAUUUCCAAUACGUUCAGUCCCAGCAAGGCAGAAGGUGAUGGUGCAGGAACCGCAGGGACCCCUGGGGGAACCCCAGCAGGGGACAAGGUGGCUUCUUGGGAACUCCGAGUAGAGGGAAAACUGCUUGAUGACCCCAGCAAACAGAAGAGGAAGUUUUCUUCAUUCUUUAAGAGCCUCGUCAUUGAGCUGGACAAGGAACUGUACGGGCCUGACAACCACCUGGUGGAGUGGCACCGGAUGCCCACCACCCAGGAGACAGAUGGCUUCCAGGUGAAACGGCCUGGAGACCUCAACGUCAAAUGCACUCUCCUGCUCAUGCUGGAUCAUCAGCCUCCCCAGUACAAGUUGGACCCCCGACUGGCAAGGCUGCUGGGGGUGCACACGCAGACGAGGGCUGCCAUCAUGCAGGCCCUGUGGCUUUACAUCAAACACAACCAGCUGCAGGAUGGCCACGAGCGCGAGUACAUCAAUUGCAACCGUUACUUCCGCCAGAUCUUCAGUUGUGGCCGACUCCGUUUCUCUGAGAUUCCUAUGAAGCUGGCUGGGUUGCUGCAGCAUCCGGACCCCAUUGUCAUCAACCAUGUCAUUAGUGUGGAUCCUAAUGACCAGAAGAAGACAGCCUGUUAUGACAUUGACGUGGAGGUGGAUGACCCGCUCAAGGCCCAGAUGAGCAAUUUCCUGGCCUCUACCACCAAUCAGCAGGAGAUUGCCUCCCUUGAUGUCAAGAUCCAUGAGACCAUUGAGUCCAUCAACCAGCUGAAGACUCAGAGGGAUUUCAUGCUCAGUUUCAGCACUGACCCUCAGGACUUCAUCCAGGAAUGGCUCCGUUCCCAGCGCCGAGACCUCAAGAUCAUCACUGAUGUGAUUGGGAAUCCCGAGGAGGAGAGACGAGCUGCUUUCUACCAUCAGCCGUGGGCCCAGGAAGCAGUGGGGAGACACAUCUUUGCCAAGGUGCAGCAGCGAAGGCAGGAACUGGAACAGGUGCUGGGAAUCCGCCUGACCUAACUGCUCAGGGAUCCUUUCCUCUCUCCAGGCCCUGGAGCCACCCUCUCCUCCGCCCGGAAGGGGACCACCCUCUGGGGUGCAGACGCGUAGGAUAAGGAGCGGGCUGAGGAUGUCUCCUGUCACCCGCUGCUCCCCGGCUUUAGCUUCAUAAAUGUAGUGAUAGGAUUCCUUGUUGCUUGUCCCCAGAGCCUUACUUACUGACCCACUUCACACGCUGGCUUUAGUUGGGUUCACAGCAGAGGCCUCCUCGCCCCAGGCAGGCAGGCAGGCAGGCAGGCCCAAGUAGGGCCUGGAGGCUAUGCUCUGACAUUGCAACCGAGACUUUCAGAACCAAAGGCCGCUGGCUUUGCUUGUUUACAGACCCCCUUGGGGCGAGUGUCAGCACUGGCUCUGGGGAGCUGGGCGAGGAAGAGGGGCACAGCUCCCUCUUUUCCCAGCCCUUCUAAACCAAAGUUCUUUGCCAUUCCUACCAGCCCAGCCUAGCUGCUGGUUUUUUCCUUUCCUUCGGGUAUUUGCACUAUUUGUGGAGCAGGUUUUUCUAUGCGGGAGCCACUUUUUUUGUACGGGGGGGGGGGUAAGUUGGGGUUUUUUAGGGAGCCCUAAUUGGUGCCUCCUCCUUUCUUUUCUUUCCUCAAUCUAUGCAAGCGGCUCUGGCCGCCAUCAUCUCCUGGGAUGCCAGAGGGCUGCCACCCAGCACUUGGGCCCAGGGGUAACACCUCCUUGAGGGAGGGUACACACUAGUCCUCCAGCAGGGCCUGAGGUGUGGGCGUGCGUGCUUGGUGGAGGGCAGGGGGAGGCGAAGCGGGGAGGCGGGGAGGACUGUUGUUGCCCUUUGGAGCUUGGAAAGGAGGGUGGGCCUAGGGCUUGGCAAGUGCCACUUCUGGCAGGUUUGGAAAUUUCCAAAUAAACCUUUGUUUAUUG